UGGCUAUCAAUCACCUGGGCCAUUCUGGUCCUCCCAGUUGCAGAGAGCAAGAAAGGGAGAGGGGAUAGAAGAGAAGAUGGCGUGGGACCUGCAGCCUUGCUCAUUCCUUUCUCUGCUAGGGAUGAUAUCCGUGUUGUUGUCUCUCUACAUGUCCAUUGUUGUUCCACAGAUCCUGGACCCUGAGUUUGGAACAACAAGCCCUCCAAAGAAGAAACCAGACCCAGUUACAUCAGAAACUGUUGUUUUCUGGGGGCUUCGGUUAUGGCAAGUCAUUGGAGUUUUUUCACUGUUCGUUUUGGCAGUUAUAAUCACAUUGUGUUGCAUCUUCAAAUGUCGAAUCCCAAGAACGAAAAAGGAGAUUGAGGCACGCUUUGCACAACGACAAGCAGCUAAAAAGUACGCUGAUACACUGGAAACAGUACCUCCGCUAAAUGAACUGACAGACAUACCCGGAGGCUCCUCUGAUUCUGCCUCCCUUCCGACCAUCUCUGGUCAGAUCCAGUCGAGGAGCAACAACCCUCUUCCUGUAGUGAAAGAGGAGGAUGAGAUGGCUCUUCACUGAAACUAUGUGCCAGGCUGCCUUUCUUGUGUUCCUCCCUCUUCUGCUCCCUGACUCUUCUUCUUCCAGGCAGUGGCUAGGAAGACUUUAUUUGGAAGCACAAAGGGGGAAAUGGAGGGUUUCCUGUUUCAGAAACUCCAGAUGGAGUGUCAUUUCAUUUUUUAAAAUAAAUAAUAGUACAUUUUAGCAACAUUUUUUUUUUUUUUUUUAACAGUAGUAUUAAUGGUUUUAUUGAUACACUGAGAAGUGUCUUUGGUAAUGUCAGUCAAGCUAUUGUCAAGAUUUUAGUAAUACUGGAUUUCUUAGAAUUCAGAUUUUAAAGUGUUUGUGAUUGAUUGUAGUGUUGCUAGUUUAUAAGUAGCCAGCACACCUGCCUAUUCAACCAGCAUACGUGGUAUGUUUCGGACACUUUGUUUGGUACACUUUUAAAAUAUUUAUCUGAGCCCCAAGAAAACUAUUAAACUCUAAUGUUGGGAGUAUAGACUUCUGAAAAUGAGCAUGUUUGAGGAAGGCUUUCUGUUGUAAAUGUGUGAUACUGGGUGUUAUGUGUUAGACCUUGUGGGCCAUUGAUAAUAAAUAUAUAUGAAUCCCACCCCUUUCCUGACUACCUACCGACCUACAUAC